AUGGCUGCGAAGUCCGCAGCGGAGCCUCUUGUGGCACCGUGCUCCAUGUUGGUGUCCUCUCUGUGGCUUCCGAUUGCCCUCCGUGACAAUGUGACGGUUCGCCUUUGCGUUGGCCAUUUUCUCUUCCACAAACCUUCGCUGCCGGCAGUGGACCCGGCAUCGCUCUCACCUUCCCCUGUGAAGAAGCGAGGCCGCCCACAGAAAGACGAAGUUCGGGAGAAGAAGCAACCAAAAGGACAGUAUGGCACUCGGCAGCUACGCAGUGCGGAAGAUGAGAUUCGCCACCUGCAGAGUGCCGUUCACAUGACAUGUCUCCCCAAAGCGCCUUUUCAGCGCUUGGUCAAAGACAUCCUCAAGGGAUUUGUGGACACUCGGAAUUCUGAGAGUGGUCCUGGCGGUGAGCAUCCAUUGCCAAACCUUCGCAUCUCCUCCAGCGCCAUCCAGCUUCUUCAGGAUGCAGCGGAG